AUGUCCCGAGACUUUUCAAUCGACCCCUCUACAGAUGAGUUUAGAGGCUCUAUGGUUCCAGCAAAGAGCCAGAUUUCGUCGACGGUGGUUCAUAAUAAGAAUCCUAGAUCUAGAGCAUUGGUAAGUCAGCUACCAGAAUUACCAAGAUUGUCACAACUGUCAGUUGACGACCAUACCAAUAUUGAUCAAGAACAUUUUCUUGAGAAUGAGGACUAUAACCAGGAUAUAGGAAACACGUAUGUUGAGUUUGACUUGAGCAAUUAUAAUAGUAGUAGUGGAAAAAGAACUCAAGAUUUGUUAACUAUCAGGGAUAGAGAUUAUGCAUCUUGCAAGAGAGAAACAACCUUGUCGGAUAAGCCGCCUAAUCUGAAGGAAACAGCAGAACAAAAGGCCAAUGUAGAUAAAUCUGAUCCGAAUGCCAAUGCCAAUGCCAAUGCCAAUGCAAAUGCAAACGACGAGGAUGAUUUCUUCAAUAGCUAUUCUCAAGAGGGUACAUGGAAGGAAAUGACUACAAUAUCCGACUUGGACUACUACGAUGACAAGGGCAAACUAAAACUCAAUUCAAAGUCGGGUAAGGAGUUUGUUCAGGAUGGAAAUUUCCAUUUUGGGUACACUAAAAUAAACACUGAAGAGCAAGUCAAAAAAUAUUCUCUUCUAGAUAAGAAAACCGACUUUUUAUUUGAAACAAGAUCGGAAACUAUAAAGAGAAAGAGCGAGAAGGAUCCUGGUGUUUUAUUUGAUGCCGAAGAUGAUGAUUCAGACUACGACAACGACGACGAGGUGGACAGUAAUGAAACUUUGACCGACACAAAGAAGAUGUUGACGGACUCACAAAAGUUUGCAUACUUGGGAAUAGCUAAAUUGAUCACGGUGGAAAUGGCCACGAAACUUGCUCGUAUUCAAUUUGGCUCAAAUGGCCGAAUAGCAAAGCAGUUGAGUGGAGGUCAAAAAAAUUUUUCAAAUUGGACCUUGUAUGUUUUGUCGAAAUUGUACGAACAUUUGGAUAUUAAUGCACAGGAGAGAGAGAUGAUUGAAAAUUUGAGCAAACAUGGCGUUGAGAUAUCCGAUUUGUCAAGAAGUUUGAAAGAACUCGAAGUGAAAAAGUAUUUGAAGAAAAGCGUUUAUGUUGGAGACGGUUUCGAUUUAAGGUGGGUGAUCAUUUGUGACUUGUUUUUGCUUUUAAUAAGCGACGGUUACUACGAUGCUAGGUCUCGGUCUUUGUUGAUGCUCUUUGCAGACUCGCUUGAUAUUGCGAGAUUGGAAGUAUUACAAUUUGAGAGGAGGUUGAUUGAAUGUUUGGACAUGGAGACAAAGGAAAAAUCCAUAGAAAACAAGGAUGAAUCCCUAAAUGAUCGACUGUUUGUGCAACAACAGAUACGCAAGAAUAAAACCAAACGAUUAGCCAUGAUUGGGUUGGCGACUUUAGGUGGUGGUCUUGCAAUAGGUCUCUCGGCGGGACUUUUGGCGCCAGUAAUUGGAGCUGGAAUUGCAGCAGGGUUAACUACAGUAGGGAUAACUGGUGCAAGUGGGUUCCUAGCAGGAGUUGGUGGAAGUGUUUUGAUAACGACGGGGGGUGUAGCUAUUGGAGCUAAAGUUGGAAAUAAAGCAGGUGCAAGAAGAUUGGGUGAAGUACACACUUUUGAGUUUAAGCCAUUGCACAACAACAAGAGAACGAAUUUGAUUGUGACUGUUAGUGGCUGGAUGAAUGGUGCAAUGGAUGAUGUGCGACUUCCGUUUUCUACUGUGGAUCCGGUUAUGGGUGAUAUGUUUUCCUUACUAUGGGAGCCAGAGAUGUUGCAAUCUAUGGGUCAAACCAUUGGAAUACUAGCAAGUGAGGCUUUGAGUACGUCCAUCCAGCAAAUAUUAGGGGCAACCAUUCUAGGCGCUUUAAUGUCGGCCAUCCAGUUGCCAAUGGCACUUUCGAAACUUUCAUAUCUCUUGGAUAACCCAUGGAAUGUUUCUUUGGAUAGAGCAUGGAAAGCUGGAAAAAUUCUUGCAGAAACGAUUCUUUCUGGGAAUUUGGGAGUUCGACCAAUCACACUAGUCGGAUUCUCACUAGGUGCAAGGUUAAUAUAUUCCUGUUUGAUAGAAGUGGCAAAGAGAGGUGGUUACGGUUUAAUUGAAAAUGUCAUUUUGUUAGGAUCACCAAUAUCCAUUGACACUGACCAGCUUGCUCAAGCCAGGUCUGUUGUUAGCGGCAAAUUCAUAAACGGGUACUCAAAGAAGGACUGGAUAUUGGGAUAUCUUUUUCGAGCGACUGGAGGUGGUCUUCUGACCGUUGCCGGGUUGUCAGCACUAAAGAACGUAUAUGGAAUUGAUAAUAUUGAUUGCACUGAAUUUGUUGAAGGGCAUAUGUCCUAUAGAAAAUCCAUUCCUAAAAUAUUGAAAGCAAUGAAUUGGGAAAUACUAAGUGAGGACUUUGUGGAGAUUGAGGAGCCUGAUCCAGAACAGGGUGAACGACAAAGACAACUUCUUUCUGAAUUUGAUGAAGCGCGAGCAAAGAUGGAGGAUGGUACAGAGGACGAAACUCCACGAAAGGGAUGGAAACAAUGGCUUAGGCCGAAAAAGAAAGAUUGGUGGGAUAUUUAUCGCAGCCUGAAAGAAGACAAAGAUAACAAGAAUGAUACUGUGGAGGAAUACAACAUUGAUACAGCAGCAACAGCACCAUCGCCAUCAUCAUCAUCAUCAUCACUACCAAUGCCAGUUUUUGAUGUUGAUGCGUUGACAAAAGAAGUAAACGAGAUCACAGAGUUGACAAAAAGAAAACGGGAAAACUCUAGUGGACUAAAUGCAUAA